UGGGAAGGAAGAAAGGAUCUGAGCGGCAGGAGGAGCGAGGCUUUAUACACACCAUCAUCGCCCCUCGUCAGGCUUGCUUGCUAGUCUGGAAUCUGGCAUCACAUGGGGGUCAAGCGAUACGUCAUACAUGGGAUGCUCCGUCCUCCUGGCGAUCGGAUGAAACUGCUUUGCGGUUGUUGGAGCUCCCAGACUGAACGGAAGGCCAGCGAAGACGGGGACCUUGCAGGCCACACGGGGCACGGUGUGACGUCAAAGAUGCUUGAGCUCGGUCUUGUCACAUAGGACAACCGCAAACGUUGUAGUGUAAACUCAGCUCUACGGCCAGGGUAGCUCGGAUACAUGCUGAAGUAAGCUCCAUCCUGCCUCCUCAUUGGCGUCCCCGCUGUGACUCCGGCCUGGUUCGUGGCCUUCAAGUGCCCUUUUUUUCACUCGCUGUAACCUCGGCAUAACCACGCACAUUCCUCAGCCGACUGAGCAAGGCCGUCUUCUCCUCUGUCCUUCUCUUCUCGGCUUGCGCCCACAGUAACUCCAGAAUCGAUGACGU